AUGGCUGCGGUCAUGGCGAAACCUGUGGGGACAGCGACAAAGAUGAAGAAGCCUCCUGCGCCUGUAGUCCAGACGAACUUGAACGGCGUCAAGCCCACAGCACCGUCUUCAUCGCCUUCCAGUGCCCGCAAGACCCUUCCUGGACAGAACCCGACGCCAACGUCUACUACCGGUAGCGGCCCGACGACAAAUGGCGCCGUUCGACCCAACCGACGAGUGCAGCGCCUGACGACGAGAAACAACACGGCCGAUGGUGGCUCUCUGGAUAAGCGAGCUUCUAGGAAAUAUCCGGAGCCUCACGUUCCCAAAGAGUCCCACAUUCUCCGCAAGUUCAAAGGAUGCGUGCCCUCUCUAAUUGUACACCUUCAUCCUACGCAUUUCCGUUUCGACCAGCAGGACGGUAGUUUCAGCUACCACUCUGAGAUGCGUGUCUUCAUUGAACAUCUGGCCAAAGGCACCAUUCCGCAUGAUAUGGUAGAAGAGUUUCGGAAGUCUGAGGUCAAAUACUACGACGGGUGGCUCAUAGUACGGGUGGUCGACCAUAAGUCCGUCGCAAAGGAUGCCGCCGCCUCUGGGGCCGGUGCGGAUGACGAAAAACCGUUCUCUAUCCACAACUAUAACCAGUACAUCACUCCUUCACCCUACGUCCCAUACCCUGCGAAGGAACAAUCCGUCGCAAAGUCUCCUCCCAUGAAACAAGAGCAGGUGUCGAGCGACAACAGGGCUCAUCCCAGCUCCGACGAUACUAUCGAUGUUGCACCGAAAUCAUCAAAACCCCAACCGAAAGUCUACCACGUCGCAUUGCGGCCCACCAUUCUGUCCCGACACAUGGAUCUUGUCAUUGAUGCAAUGACGCCAGAUCCAAAGUCUCUGAAUCGGAAGCAAUCACAAGCAAACGUAAAUAGCCGUGCGCCCGGAUCUGGCGCCCCGCAGACUCCGAUAUCAGCCAUCCCACCAACUCCUUCAACCGAAAAAGGCCCGCCCUUCAAAAAGAUAAAGCUGAGGAUUGAUCCCAAGGAUAUGCUCGAAUAUGAGGGGAGGGUGGUAAAUGCGACGGCACCUCCUUUGUAUCUAGAACCUGUGGAGAGUCUAGAGGAGGCGGAAACCCUUAUUGGCCUGCUGAAAGAUCCCCUUCACGAUCGACGACCACCAUCACCCAAGAGCCGGAAAAGGACAGUUGCUGAACUGGCGGCUGAUGACGCGCAUGCUAAGGAACAAGAACGAUUUAUGCUCAUUAUGGAUGAGCGCACUGCGGGUACGAAUGGCGCUGCAAAUGCAGCUGGCGUGGACGGUCAAGCCGGGGCGGCGCUCUUCCAGCCGCGGUUCGAGAAAUUUAAUGCUCUUGAUAGUAUCAAGAGAGACAUUGCGGAGCGGAAGCAGCGUGAGAAGGAUCGGCAGCUUCAGGAAGAUGAAAAUAGGAGAGGUCAGCAAGAACGGCUUCAGGAAGAGGAGAAGAAGCGAAUCAUGAUGCAACGAGCGCAGGAGGCCCGAUUGCUACGAGUGCGUCAACAAGAAAUGGCGGCAAUGGCGGCCCAGCAGGCCCAGCAAGCCCAGCAACAGGCCCAACAGCAGCAGCAUCAGCAAACCCCUCAAGCUCCUCAAAGGCCCCCCUCGCAACAAGUUAAUGGCAUACCCCCGAACAUGCAGAACCAGAUCAUGGCCAGUCAACAGCGAGGAUCACCCAUUAUCCGGCAAGGAACCCCACAUGCAGCCUCGUCGCCUGUUGUCACGAGUGCUGCCCAAGGCGGGGUGCCAAUGGCCGUAUCUGGCUCACAGCAGGGUCACGGAUCUCCAGCAAGACCAAGUUCAGCCGUACAGCAUGGCCAUCCUAGUGCACCCAUGACUCGAGCGCCUAGUACCCAAGGGCCGAGUCGCAACGGCACUCCACAGAUACCUCACGGUACCCCCGCUCAAAGGAAUGCCACCCCAAUCAUGCGGCAGAAUACUCCGGCACAACCAGUCACUCAUGGAAGCCCUCAUGGAGCUACGCCACAAAUGGUAGCUGCUGGAAUGAUGCCCGGGAUGCAAGCGCAGAUGCCGAACGGUGUUCCUAGACAAAUGAAUCCUCAACAACUAGCCGAGAUGCAACGACGCCAUGCUAUGCAGCAACAGGCUGCCGCACAGGCGCAGCAAGCAGCAAUGCAACAGCAAAUGGUCAACGGAACUCCUCAAAUGUCCCCUGCUCAAGUGGCGCAUAUACAGGCGCAACAGCACGCACAGGUGGAUCGUCAAGCUGCAAUGGCUCGCCAAGCCGCCCAACAGCAGCAGCAACAGCAGCAAGCGAUGCAGCAACAGCAACAACAACAGCAACAACAACAACAGGGUACUCCACAAAGCGUACACAUGUCGCCUAAUCCCAAUCAAAGUCAGAAAGCCUACAACCAGUCUGUCGCCGAACAUGUCAAGGCUCAAAUGCAGAGCCUACAGCAAGCGCAAAAUCAUGGAUCGCCUGCGCCAAAUCAUAUGACUCCUCAGCAGCAAGCAGCUCAGCUAGCUCACGCUCAACAACAGCAACGAAUGAUGCAAGCAGCCCAAGCCCAAGCCCAAGCCCAAGCCCAAGCCCAAGGACAAAUGAUGGGACAAGGCGCACCCCAUCCUCAACAACGAGCCCAGGUGGAUCCUCAACUCAAGCAGCUAUUCCAGCAGACUCUGCAGAGCUAUACACAGCGGUUGGCGCAACAAGCCGCCCAAAAGUAUGGUGGCAACAUGCAAAUGCUCCAGCCACAGGAAAUGCAACAUGUGCAAAUGCAAGCUCAGAGAUUUGCACAAGCAGCGAUCCAGAAGCGUCAGGCUGCAAUGAACCAGAUGGCGCAGAUGCAACAAGCGCAAGUACGGCAACAGAUGGCACAACAGGGUGGGGGGAUGCAGAAUGGGAUGAUGAAUAUGCAGAAUAUGCAGAACAUGCAAGGAGUGGUCAAUCCGAAUAUGGCCGCGGUGCUGCAGCAACAACAAGCGCAACAUAUGCAGCAGAUGCAAAUGCAACAUGCCCAGCAGAUGAUGGUGGCACAGCAACAACAGCAGCAGCAACAGCAGCAGCAGCAGCAGCAGCAACAGCAACAGCAAAACAUGCAAUUCCAGCAGAGAUAA